GGUUCAGGGAGUGUGGAGUCUGUUGGAGUCUUUCAGGAGCCACGUUGUUUUUGGAGGUGGUCUGUUGAACGUUCUGAGGAUGGCGAGGUGGAUCUUGGUAGCGUGUGUGCUGGCUGCUGGGAUUUGCCAGAUAAGAACGGAAAUAAAGGUCCGGGUGAAGAGAGACUGGAUCAUCCCUCCGAUCAGAGUUCUGGAAAACAGCAAGCAAGUCCCAGAAAACCUUGUACAGAUCAAGUCUGACAAAAUCUUCACAGGAGAAGUGAUCUACAAAUUAGAGGGUCCGGGCGUGGAUCAGGCGCCCAAGAAUUUCUUUGAAAUUGAUGACAAAACAGGAAUGAUCAGAAGCAAACGUCCUCUGGAUAGAGAAAAGUACAGCAGCUUCACGCUGAAAGCCUUUGCACUCUCACCCAGUGGACAGAGACUGGAGAACCCGACCACCAUCGAAAUUGUGGUUCUGGACCAAAAUGACAACAGACCUGCUUUUACACAGAAACAGUUCACUGGUACUGUUUCUGAGUUUUCAAUCCCAGGUACUUCGGUGAUGUCAGUGACGGCCACAGAUGCCGAUGACCCAACCACUGAAAACGCUUUUCUCAGCUACUCCAUCAUUGGUCAGGAAAGCAUCCCAGCCAACGCUGUAACCAAGACCAUGUUUGGUAUAAACAACGAAACAGGAACCAUCUACACAAGAGAUGUGGGACUUGACAGAGAGGUGGUGAAAACCUUCAAGCUGAAGCUACAAGUUGCUGAUAUGGGUGGCAUGGGACUGACGAGUGAAGGUGUAGCCAUCAUUCAUGUGUCUGACAUCAACAAUCACGCCCCACAAUUCAGCCCUAAUUCGUACAAGAUGAUAGCCGUAGAGAACAGGAGGAACUACGAGAUUGGUCGUGUCAAUGUGACGGACAUUGAUGACCGUGGCACAGGAAACUGGGAAGCAAGAUACUUCAUCUCAAACGACCCUUACAGAAACUUUGCAAUCACUACAGACUCUGUCACCAACCAGGGCAUUCUGAUGGUGGUCCAGCCGUUGGACUAUGAGGCCCAGAUUGAGUACACUUUGAUUCUGGCCGUGGAGAACAUCAAUCCACUGAGCAGCAAGGCUCCCAACUUGCCAGUGAGUACAGCCACCGUGUUGGUGACGGUCGUCAAUGAAAACGAAGCGCCGCAUUUCAAGGAAGACCCGAUACAGAUCAUAGUACCGGAGUCUGUUUUUCCUGGAACACUACUGAAAAGCAACAUCGCUUUCGACCCUGAUAAUUCUGACCUGAGGUAUGAAAUUAUUAGUGAUCCGGAAAGAUGGCUGGACAUCAACAGAAAUACAGGAGAAAUUACUGCCAGGAGAACCUUCAAUAUGAGAUCACAAUAUGUUAGAAAUAACAUCUACACCGCGAUUGUCAAGGUCACAGAUGCUGGCGGCGUGUCGACUACAGCCACUGUGUCCAUCACCCUAACGGAGACCAAUGACUUCGUCCCACAGCUCUUCCCCCUGAGUGGCACUGUAUGCAGGGAUACGCGAAGGGUUCUUUCUGGACUGGUCCUGACCGCCGAGGAUGAUGACCUUCCACCACAAGCUGCACCGUUCAUCUUUGAAACGCCCCUUGAUGUGUCCGUCAACUGGACUGUCAUUCAAGUCAAUGACACUCAUGCAGUUUUACAGCCUCUUGUGGACCUGGAAGAUGGAGAAUAUGCAGUCACAGUGAUGGUGUCAGACUCCGGAAGCCCAACUUUCAGUUCUUACGCUCAGGUCAAUGUCACAGUGUGUCUCUGUGACACAUUUGGCGACUGUAAGUCUGAGGCGGGGGCAUUAUUCGCCUCCAGUGCGGGGCUCAGCUUCAUCGCUCUCAUUAUCAUUAUGGCCAGUGUUGCCCUCCUUCUAUUACUGCUCCUCUUGGCUGUGGUGGUGACCUCUUGUGGGAGACGGCAUCAUAUCAAGAAGGGAACCGGCCUGCUUGGUGGGGAUUCGGAAGAUGACAUUCGAGACAACGUCCUUAACUACAAUGAGCAAGGAGGGGGUGAGGAAGAUGAGAAUGCCUUCAACAUCGACCUACUGUGGAGUCCCCUCGAUGCUCCCACAACGCCCAUGUCCUACUACCCGGCGUCUGGUGUUCCUCAGGGCAAACAGCCCGUCAGAAAAGAUGCACCACAUAACUUGCCAUCACCCAUCUACCCUCGGAGGCCCCCAGCAGAUCCCACUGACAUUGAGGACUACAUCUGUGAUGGUCUGGAGGCAGCAGACAAGGAUCCCAACGUUCCUCCGUACGACACAGCCCUGAUCUACGACUACGAGGGAGAAGGCUCGCUGUCAGGCAGCCUCAGCUCCAUCGUGUCCGGCAGCUCAGAUGGAGACCAGGACUACGACUACCUCAACGACUGGGGGCCGCGUUUUCAGAAACUGGCCAACAUGUACGACCCACGUUAGUGUGGAAGGCGACCUUUUUGCGGCUGUAGGCAACAGUACAGUUUCACUGGACACGUAUUAGACGUUAAUAUCCAUCACGGUGUGCCAAAAAGUGCUACGCAGGACCGUUGGUCUUAAAUAGCUUGUGAGGUAAUGCAGUUUCCAAUGUGUGGAUAUAACUACAAAUAGAACACUACGGACUUGAACCCUUGACAAGGGUGCUCAGGAAAUGACGAAAGUAGGAAGGAGUUAUGUAUGCUGCAAGGCAAACUGAAUGUGUUGAUUGUUGAAAAUGUACUUCUUUUUUUUUUUAUAUAUGUGAUUAUUUACUUUGUUGUUCUUUAUUUGAUCCUAAAUCCUCCAUUCCGCCCAAUGGUACACGUUUUCAAAGAAAUAUUACCACUAAAAACUAAAUAUGGAUGCACAAUGAUCUUUUUAUGUGGUACUGAAGGAGGUUUGUGUUUUUUUUUGUGUCUAUACAAAAUAAAUUAACAUAUUGUAUUUGUUAUUUUGAAAUGUGUUGCCCAUUAAA